AUGUUUUACAGGUUCAGUCAGGACUUGUCUCACAUUGACCGAGAUCUUCCUACAGCGUUGUUCAUGACCUCAAUCGCUGUGCUUGAUUGCUUGGCAGGAGCUGUCCUGAUUGUCAUUGGUGCCAAAUAUCUUGCAGCUGUCAUCCCGUUCGCCUUGCCCGCUCUCUACUGCCUACAGGCUUUCUACCUCAGAACUUCUCGCCAGAUGCGAUUCCUCGAUCUUCAGGCGCAGGCUCCUCUUCUUACCAAGUUGAUCGAGACCAUCGAUGGCCUGUCAACCAUCCGCGCCUUCGGCUGGCAAACUGCCUUCCGAGAAACUUCACUUGAACUCUUGGAUGAAUCCCAACGGCCGUACUACCUGAUGUUUUGCAUCCAGCGCUGGCUCACUCUGGUUCUCGACAUUCUUGUCGGUGCUAUUGCAGUAUUGCUGGUCUCAAUGGCCAUGAUGAUACCGGACGCUACUAGCACCGGAGCCAUUGCCAUUGCGCUCUACAAUGUGCUCAACUUCAACCAAUCUCUGGCAACUCUGAUUACCUCUUGGACAGAGCUCGAAACAUCCCUAGGAGCAAUCUCGCGUUUGCGAACCUUCGUAUCUCGAACACCAAUCGAACCAACGGCUGAAGUGCUUGACAAAAUCCCACGCCAAUGGCCUGCACAGGGCCAGGUCGAGAUACAGAAUAUCACGGUAUCUUACUCCGCGGAAACGAGACCGGUACUCAAGGGAGUUUCGCUAUCUAUCCAGCCAGGAGAGAAGGUUGCCAUCUGCGGGCGUACAGGCAGUGGCAAAUCGACCCUCACUCUCUCUAUCUUCAAACUUCUUGGCCUCGAUGCAGGGAAAAUCGUGAUCGAUGGUGUUGACAUUGGCAGUGUUCCAAACGAUGUGCUCCGCCGAUCACUCAUCGCCAUCCCGCAGGAGCCGCUCCUCUUGCCCGGAAGCCUGCGCACGAAUCUGUUCCCCUUUAGCGACGACACAACCGCAGGCGAGGCGCCGUCCGAUGCUGACCUCAUAGAUGCCCUGACCACGGUCUCACUAUGGUCAGCCAUCUCCUUGAGUGGUGGUCUCGACACAGAUGUUUCCAACCUACCACUGUCCAAGGGCCAAAAGCAGCUGUUGUGUCUAGCCCGGGCUAUAGUCAGGAAGAAUUCUAGCAAGGUCCUGGUUCUUGAUGAAGCUACCAGUGCCGUCGAUCAAGAAACCGAAGACAUGAUGGCUAGGAUUAUCGAGAGCGAGUUCUUUGAUCAUACUAUCAUAUCUGUGGUUCAUCGUCCUCAGGCCCUCCGUGGCAUUGAUAAGAUUGUCACCUUGCAGGACGGCCGAGUAGUAAGCGUGGGGUCUGCAGAGAACUAG